GCCGUCAGCCUCCCCUCCCCAUUUCGUUCGUUCGUUCCCCCUCUCGCCCAACCAGUCCCCAUCCCCGCCCAGGAAGAAAGCUUCUCUCUUUUCCCCUCACCGCGCCGAGACGAAAUCUCCAAAACCCUAGAACCACCCCGCCGCCCCCCAUGCCGCCCAGACGACGCCCCGGCCACCCGUUGAUAUUCCGUCUUCCAGACGGUCGAAGCAUCAAUGUCUACACCAACGACGAUGGGGAUUUUGUCACCGGCGGAUCGGAGCCACGACUCGUCUCUGAUCUCUGCAGAGAAAUCAACUCCGAAAUGCAGCGCCAGCGCGACCUUUCCCGCAGCCGCCUCUCCCUUCCUCCAUCAGCUACCACCUCCCCUCCACCACCAGCCGAUCCUCUCUUCUCCUCCACCACCACCAGCCGACCCUCUCCCCUCCUCUCCUGUCCGACAUCGGCCGCAGCGUCCAGUGCCACCUCCCCUCCGCCAUCAGGCGCCGCAUCCAGGGCCACCUCCCCUCCUCUCCCCUCCACCAACAGCCGAUCCCCUCCCCUCCUUUCCCCUCCGCCACCAGCUGCAGUCUCCACAAGCCGAUCCCCUCCACCACCAGCUGCAGCCUCCACAACCCACCUCGCUCCCAUCCUUUCCUCUCCACUACUAGCUGCAGCCUCCGCAAGCCACCCCGCCCCCCUCCUCUCCCCUCCACCAUCGAUUGCAGCCUCCACAACCCGACCCCGAGACCUCUUCACCGACAUAGACGGGGUAUCUCGACGCCUUGCGGAUGUGGCAGUGGAAGGUCGCUCCUACAGUUGGCUAGAGCCUCCACCCUGCGAGGACACCGAGCAGGCAGUGCGUCUUGAGGCCCCACCACCGCCAAGGCCUUUUCCACCUGUUUCUUCAUUGAUGCCAACAAGAUUGCUCAUUAAAUAUUUCCUGAGGGUUGAUGCUGAUGGACUCUUUCACACAUAUCCUCAUCGAGGCGGUCCGUUUAAGAGCUUGAAAGAAGCUCGGGAUGCUAUAGACUCCCAUCACACUAAUCUGUGUAAAUUCAAGUACAUGGGGGAUCUUUCAGAGGAGGAUAUCCAUGUGUGGCAGACCCUGUACUGGCCUAAUGGUACAAGGAUGAAUUCCAAACAAGCUUUGGAUGUGAUGAUGAACCGCCGCCCCAAAUGGGAUGUACUUAACGCUUUACUGGACAAGUACAAUGAGGACCAUCAUCUUUUUGGGGAUUUUGCAUAUGAACUGAAGGAAAUUGUGAGUUACAAACCACAUUUUCAGGGAAAAAACUCUCCAUACAAAUGCAGAUCAUUCUCUCACUUAAAUUUGAUUGUCAAGACUGGGUCGAGUACCGUCGGCGAUCUUUUCUUCGCUGAAAUUACAUGUAUGAAGGAUGGCGAGUUGGAGGAAUAUGUGCUCAGCUGUAUAUGUGUUGUUACGCCAGAAGCUAACGGCGAGUGCUGUGGAUGUGGAGAUGAUGUAAAGCACCCCACUGGUGUUGAGUACAAAAAGCGAGAUAAGUUGCCUGUUCGGCGUAAUGGUUGUAGGCGAAUGUCAGAAGAAUUAUUCAAUGAGUUUAUUGUUGUUCGUGAUGAGGAUUGGCUGGAUGCGGAGGAGGCCUGGGUGAGACAAGAGUUUAGGAUGAGCAACAAAGGAGAUGGCCAGGGAAUGAGGGGCAGAUACGUCAUACCGGCAAAACGGUAGAUGUGCAAGCACAGAGUGCAUUUCUGCAUGCCAAAGCAAGGCGGGUGGUAGAAAGAGAAGCGAUUGGCUAGUUAGGUUUCCCUUAGCCCCCUUUUGUUCUGUUUCAGUAUGCUUAGAUCUCAAGACUCCUCUAUAGUACCCCCUCCGUUGUACUAAGCUUGAGACACUUAUUUUGAGACGGAGAAAGUAGUGUCUUUAGAAUGCCAUAAACAAGAAGAAAGAACCUGUGGCAAGACGAGAAAGUCGCCGAGCCAUCGUAACGUGUGGCCUGGUGCGUUGCUAUCGUUACGGUCUGUACCGGUGGUACUGAGCUAUGUACUCUGCGCA